AUGUUUUUAUGUAUGUAUGUAUUUAGUUUGAAAAAUAGAAAAGAAUUAAAUCGAAGAAAAAAAUGUGGGAGACAAGUUGUAGGAAAAAAAAAAAUAGUUUUAAAAACCUCAGCUCAACCAAACCUCAUUCAAGUAUACUCUUAUCCGUUAAAAACAUUCAUAGAAUCGAUGUGGCCGUUCACUAAAUCAUCAAAUACAGAUGACAGUCUUGAUGAUCUACCAAGUGAUUUACAAAAAGUUUUAGAACAAGAAAUACGUCAAGAUUCUAACAAAUUUGAACUAGAUAAAUAUUCUCGAAUAGUCAAUGAUAAACUCAAUCAAUUACCACCACAAUUUACUAAUGAACAAGAAUUUUUGGAUUUUGAAAAUUAUAAAAUUCAAAACAAUCAUCAAAUAGUGGCACAAAUAAAUUGUGCUGAAAUUGAAAAUUAUUUGAUUCAAUUGAAUAAUAAUCAUUCAAUAUCUCAAUUUUGGUCAAGCCUAUUUAAUUCAACUAAUACCAAUCCUAAUUCUUCUGAAAAUAAUGUUACUACAAAUCCAAAUCAAGCGUUGCAAAAUUAUAAAUCAUGUAAAAACUUGACUAUUGACGGAUUGAAAUUAUUGUAUUAUUCCAAAUGUUAUAAUAUAAAACAAUGUCAAUUUAUAAGGUAUCAUUUAGAUCAACUUUAUAUUAAAAAUUUUGGUUCAUUAGGUCAAAAUGUCAAUGAUAAAAAUAUUGAAUCUUAUUAUAAAGAUUUAGAUCAAUUAUUCUAUAAGGUUUGGAAAUAA